GGGGGCCUUUCUAUAUGGGCCACCUUCUCUCGAAGGAGCCGCGUAACCGCCCGAGCCCGAAGAGGCCUCGCUGCUGCAGCUGGUGCCGCCGCCGGCGCCCUCUGCUUAGACUGCCCCGCCGGACUCCGGCCAAGGCGUCCCCGCACCCCGCGGCGGCGCCCCGGAGCCGGGACUGCUUUUUCCGCGGGCCCUGCAUGCUCUGCUUCAUCGUGCACAGCCCCGGCGCGCCCGCCCCCGCCGGCCUAGAGGAGGAGCCGCCGCUCUCGCCGCCGCCGCCGCCGCCGCCGCCGCGGGACGGGGCCUACGCCACCGCCGCCGCCGCCGCCGCCGUCUCCUCGCAGCACCUGGCGCGGCGCUACGCGGCCCUGGCCGCCGAGGACUGCGCCGCCGCCGCCGCCCGCCGCUUCCUGCUGUCCUCGGUCGCCGCUGCCGCCGCCGCCGCCGCCGCCGCUUCGGCCUCGUCGCCCGCCGCGUCCUGCUGCAAGGAGCUGGGGCUGGCCGCGGCCGCCGCCUGGGAGCAGCAGGGCCCGAGCCUCUUCCUGGCCAGCGUGGGGCCCGUGCGCUUCCUGGGACCGCCGGCCGCCGUGCAGCUCUUCCGGGGGCCGCCGCCGCCCCCGCCGCCGCCUCCUCCUCCUCCUCCUCCUCCGCCGCCGCCGCUGCCGCAGGCCGAGUCCCCUACGGUCCUCGAGAUGGUUUGCAAGCGGAAGGGGGCCGGGGUCCCCGCCUGCACCCCCUGCAAGCAGCCCCGCUGCGGCGGCGACGGCGGCGGCGGGGGCUGCGGCGGGGGCGGCGGCGGCGGGGCAGGAGGAGGAGGAGGAGGAGGAGGAGGAGGAGGAGGGCCCGCGGGGGGAGGUGCCUCGCCGCCGCGGCCGCCCGAUGCCGGCUGCUGCCAGGCCCCGGAGCAGCCCCCGCCGCCGCCGCCGCCGCCUCUCUGCCCCGCGCCCGCCUCUCCCGCCUCCGAGUGUGCCCCGAUCGAGGCCGCCGGGGAUGCUGUCCGAGCUGGGGGCGCCGCCCCCUCCUCGUCCACCCCGCAGCAGCCGCAGCCGCAGCAGCAGCAGCCAGAAAGUGGCGACGCGGACUGUCAGGAGCCCCCCGAAAACCCCUGCGACUGUCACAGGGAGCCGCCCCCCGAAAUCCCAGACAUCAACCAACUACCGCCGUCCAUCCUGCUUAAGAUAUUUUCCAAUUUGUCCCUGGAUGAACGUUGCCUUUCUGCAUCAUUGGUCUGCAAGUACUGGCGUGACCUUUGCUUGGAUUUCCAGUUCUGGAAGCAGCUGGAUCUUAGCAGUCGUCAGCAGGUUACUGAUGAAUUAUUGGAAAAAAUUGCAUCCAGAAGUCAGAAUAUAAUUGAAAUCAACAUUUCUGAUUGUCGCAGUAUGUCUGAUACUGGCGUGUGUGUUUUAGCGUUUAAGUGUCCUGGACUUCUUAGGUAUACGGCCUACAGGUGUAAACAGCUUUCUGAUACCUCUAUCAUUGCGGUCGCCUCUCACUGUCCUUUCCUGCAGAAAGUCCAUGUAGGCAACCAGGACAAACUCACGGAUGAAGGACUCAAGCAGCUGGGCUCCAAAUGCAGAGAACUCAAAGACAUUCACUUUGGCCAGUGCUACAAGAUCUCAGAUGAGGGCAUGAUUGUCAUAGCUAAGGGCUGCCUGAAGUUACAGAGAAUAUACAUGCAGGAGAACAAACUGGUGACAGACCAGUCAGUGAAGGCGUUUGCCGAGCACUGCCCUGAACUCCAGUAUGUCGGCUUCAUGGGUUGUUCAGUUACUUCCAAAGGAGUCAUUCACCUCACCAAACUAAGAAAUCUUUCCAGCUUGGACCUCCGUCAUAUCACUGAACUGGAUAAUGAAACUGUGAUGGAAAUCGUCAAGAGGUGCAAAAAUCUUAGCUCUCUGAACCUCUGUCUGAACUGGAUCAUAAACGACAGGUGUGUGGAGGUCAUCGCAAAGGAGGGACAGAACCUGAAAGAGCUCUACCUGGUGUCCUGUAAAAUCACCGAUUAUGCCCUGAUCGCCAUUGGGCGGUACAGCGUGACCAUAGAGACGGUGGAUGUUGGAUGGUGUAAAGAAAUCACAGAUCAAGGAGCCACCCUGAUUGCACAGAGCAGCAAAUCCCUGAGAUACCUGGGGCUGAUGAGAUGUGAUAAAGUCAAUGAAGUGACUGUCGAGCAGCUGGUGCAGCAGUACCCCCACAUCACCUUCAGCACCGUUCUGCAGGACUGCAAGAGGACCUUGGAGAGAGCCUACCAGAUGGGCUGGACCCCCAAUAUGUCUGCCGCCUCCUCCUAACGCUCUUGCCCAUGCCUGGGCCUACUCAGGUUGUUGAGCAGGGCAGAGAAAUGGGGCAGGGCGGGGCUGGGAUAGGGACUCUUUUCGGGAAGGUUUUAACCACCACCUGUCCGUGUCUGUGCCCGUGUUAUAUUCGUGUCUUGUUUGCAUACUGCAUAGCAUAAGUGCACUUGUUACGUCCCCAGGUGAGCGGGCUUGUUUUCCUAAAAGUGGAAGAUUAUGGAAACCACCAAAAAGUAAUUCAAAAGUUUAUUUCUCUAAAAAAGACUUUGUGAAAUCUCAAGUCAGAAAACUGGGUGUAUUAUUUUGAGCUUCUAAGUUCUGCCGCAUCUUGGAGAUGCUCGGUCAAAGGCUUUCUUUUGUGAUAAGGCCGGAACAGAAGUGAUGUUGCUCUAACUGGAAGCCUGGAGACUAGGACCCUUCAAAAUCCCGGAACACACACGUGCACUUCCACUCUCACGUAUCCUCAUGCCUGUGCACACAUGCUAAGGGAAUUUCUAACCAAGUUAUUUCCUGGCAGAGGGACCUUCCUGGAGGCUGGCCAUUGGCAGGAGCAUGCCAUUCCUCAUGGUAGUGCCUGAGUCACUGUGCCCACAGGUGGUCAACUUACUGCCUUGUAGGUAACUUAGGAACUAGAGAGAAUAAAGCCUUUUGUAAAUUUGUAUAUGGAGGCAACAAUCUGAUGUCCCCUGGCCAGCUCACGAAAGUUAAUUAUUCAUUAUUCUGUAAAGGCAUUCUAUUGAGUAAUAAAUAUUUUAGUUGGUUUUACAUUAACACUGUGUUAGCUUUUACUUGCUGGGUAGUUACUGGUCAGGGUAUAUUUUAGUGACAUUUGGGGCUAAUCUUAACAUUAUCCACAUUGAAGCCACGAAUGUAAUUAAUGGUGUGCAGUUAUUUUAAAAAUUUUACAGAUCAUUUCAUUAUUUUGGUAAUUUUGGUAAUUAUGAAAAUAUAUUCUAAGGUGGAGUAGUCACAUUGAUAGAAGAUUAAUGAGUGAGAUGUAAGUAGACAAUCUUCCUAUUGAAUAUUUUCUUUUGCUUUGGGAUUUAGAACAGGUUUUUUGGAUAUAUGCAUGUUAUAAUUUUGAAUAGUUCUUAUACUACUGCAAAGAUCUACUGUUAGCUAAUGUAUGAGUUAAGGAGAGAUUUAGAAAAUCUGUUCAUUAAGAUUCUGUUUACACUUGCCAGAAAUAAGUAUUUUAGUUUAAUUAAAUAUUAUCAGCAUUUAGUUAUCUCAGUACCUAUCAGAAAAUGAGUAUAUGUUUUGAUUUCACACAUCUUUACAGUUAAUUCAUUGUAGGGACUUGGGCUCCAAUAACCUCUCCUGUGUCUAGAUCUGUAAUCAGGCUGCAGGGAGCCUUUUUAAGCUAAAGAGUGAUUAUCUCUCAUAGUAGGAGAAGCAAAACCUUGACUUUUGAACUUGCUAUUUAUUCUCCCCUUAUGUGGUCUUUGGUCUUUUAACAAUUAUAAUGAGGUUUGGCUUUAUUUCCUAUAAAUUCCAAUGCUGCUGAAGAGAUCCGAGCCAUAAGAAGCCGAAAGCAGCCUUACAUUGGAAUGCCAUUCACAUAGUGUAUAAUGAGUACUUUUCUGUAGAAAAUGUUUGUUUCCUUCGAGUAUGUCAACAUGCUUCUGAUGUGGCAUUUUUUUUUAAUUCCUAUCAAUUAAAAAUAAAUAUACUGAGGAAGUACCAGGAAUAUUUUUUUUCACAACCAAACAGAUUGCUAGUUUAAUUUGAAGGGAAUAAAAUUUGUCUAAGAAAAAGCUGUUUACCGUUAGAAAACUGCAUUUCUUCUUAUACAUUGAACUAUAUCAUUUUAUACCCAUUUCUCCACUACUAAAAAAUGUUAUUUCAUAAUAUUUUAACUGGUUUUUAACCCAAAACUAAUUUAUAAGACUGUAUGUAUAGUAAUAGUGGUUUGAGUGAAUAAGCAAAAGUUUAAUUUUUAUAUAUGUCCCACUAUAUUUUAAAUAGUUACAGAAAGGCAAACGAAGGGAAAGUCAUCUUUGAUAUAGAUGGUACAAUUUCAGUUCAAAGUUGUAAUCAUCUCUGGAGUCUGCAGUUACAUUGUCACUGGCUUCAGAGUGUAUAAUUAAUUUUGUAAAGGUUGCAUUCUUUGAAACUGAAGUCCAGCACUAUAACAUGCUUUAGCUUGGGGGGUGGGGGGCUACAUUUACUCUCUAAGAUGCUGACUAAUACAGAGAGCCUGGUGCAACAGAACCCGGAAAACUGCUUUGGUUCAUUUAUAGAAACCUAGAAAUAUCAUAUCCAGCCUCAAAGUAUUAAUCUCAUAAAAAAAAAAAAAACCAGCCAAGAAAAGCAUCACCUCGAGUGAUGCUGUGGAGGUUGUUGAAUGUGCUCUCAUUAGACGCUUUGAAAUGAGGCUUAAAAUACUUUGUCUGGGCAAUAUAGUUCCCUUUUUUGCUUAGACUGUCAUAAAUACAUGUGAACACAUAUAAUGCAGGGCUUUUUAUCCUCUCCAAAUGUCAACAGUAUUUUCAGAAUAAAGCCUAUGAAAUAUAUUGCUGUAGUGGAAAGUCUGGUCCUUUGUAUUUAAUGUCCUUUUGAGUGGAUAAAGGAAAUUCACACAGUUUGUAGUUUCUAUAUUUCUGUGAAUCUUUUGACCUUGCAAUGGGUUGCAAUAAAAGAGAAACAAAACUC